GUAUAUACAGAUGGUCCUCUUAGAUAUGGAGAAUAAAUGUAGUUGAAUGGAAGGCUAGCAAGACUGUGCUUCAGUUGUUUUGUUGUCAAUUACAUUUUAUUUUUGUAUCGGGAAAAAGUCGCGCGUUUACUUUUAUUUGUAUAUAAUAUUCUUUGAUGAAAUUUGAUUAUCUCUACAUAUAUAUAUAAUAUAUAUAUAUAUGCAUAUAUAGUAUUCAUUAUAUGUAUAUAUAUAUUCAAAAGGUGACAUUUCGUUUACCAUGGCUGAAAAGGGCUUUAUUUUGUCUGGAAUUAAAGGCAUGUUCACAAGAUUAAUUAACUAUUCUAUUCCCAGGAGGUUGCCAUGUGGCCAGCCAUGCCCAAUUGCCCAUCUUAUAUGAUGUGGCUGUGCCCCCAAAGCCUGUCAGCCGUCAAGGACGGCAGGGAAGGGUUGGCCCCACAGUGGUGUGGCAAGUGUUACCCCCCAUAGCUGUGUGCCUGAAGGGACACCUGAGGUGGUGGAACCUAGGGUGGUUGCCUGGCUUGGGGCUCACUUGGGUUACCUGAUACAUGGCCUACUAUCUUCCCAGCUCAUCCCAAACACGGCCCUCUUCUCACCAACUUCUCUCAGGGAACACAGCAUCUCAGGGCUACAUGGGGAGAGAGAUCCAGCCACCUGCAUCCUACACCACAACCUUCCCCUUACUGCCAAUGGCUUCACAUCUUGGUUCACCAGGAGACGGCUGCUCCCAAGUAUGGUGCAUUUCCUCAGCACCUAGGCUUGGCAGAUCCACUUGGCCUCCAGGCUUGGCAGUGCAGCGUGGCAGAUCAUUGUUCUCCAGGGUUAGCAGAUCAUCUUGGACUCCAAGCUUGUCAUUUCUCCUUGGUCUCUAGGCUUAGCAGAUUGCUUAGGCCUCCAGGCUUGACAGAUCACCUUGUUCUCCAGUCCUGGACCAUCAGUAUGGUCUCCCAACUGUCUCUGCCUUCAGACUUGGCAGGCUGCCUGGCCUGUAUGUUGGGUAGACCAUAUUAGCCUACAGGUGUGACCAUCUUCGUCUUCAUGCUGUGAUGACUGAAGGUAAUCAGAAUCUUCAAGUAUCGGGAGCUACAACUACCAUCAAGGAAAGAGUGAACUUAACUAGUCUCAGCUGAUCAGAUUUUAAUUAAAAUUUCGAAGUGAAGACUUAAUGAAAGUUGUCUUUUUAUCAAGAAUUCAAUUGUUUAUAGAGUCAAGAUAGACAAAAGAAAACAAACAUUGCACAGUGAAGUACUACGAGGCAUUGGAUCUGUUAGGUCCUAUUGCCCCUUUCCCGUGCAGAUAAAGACAACAACACCUGAGCAUUGCUGACCAAGUUUAAUGCAUCACAAGUCCUGCACUCAGGUGUCCACAUUGUCCUACAUGCUUCCAGGAUGCCAAAUGACUGAAGUUUGGUACUGCACUUAGAUGAAAUGUUCAUGAAGACCAUGGUAAUAGUGAAUGAAUUAAAACUUUCUACUGAAUUCUGAUGCUUUUCAUACCACUUGUGGCUCUAAGAAAACCUGGCCUGUGUUAUGGUAUGGGAAGUAGCUAAGCAUUGUCACAUCUACUGCCACUUCACAUGUUUUUCCUGUUGUGGCGGGGAAGAAAUGCUCAGGAAUUCUAAAAAAAGGUAUUUUAGAUUGAGCAAGAUCUAGAAAUACCUUUGGAAAGUUGAAACCCAGCAUGAUACAGUAACAAUAACUGUAUAGUGCUUCAUUGUUCCAUGGUUAUGAUAAAGAGGGUGGAGAAAGCUGGAAGACAUGUAGGAUGUACCUGAUUUGGCUUGCACUCAAGAAACAUGUUGCCGCUGAUCAUCUCGGAUGCAAUGCGAUUUUAGGCAGUACUGAGCGGUGGCUCUCGUCAACAACUGCAAGAGGUACCCCAUCUGAGCUUCAGGUGUGCUACAAAAGGAUAAGUGCCUCAGGUGUCUGGGUCUGUGAGCCGGGGGUAUCCGGGCUCCUCUUCGGCAGCACACCAUCCAGCCCAGCCUGACCCCCUGAGGCAGUGUUGCAUUGAGAGAGAUCCCAGAUUUCUGAAGCUUGAAUCCAAGACAGACCGUCACCCUCCAACCAGACUGCAUUCCCAACUGGCCCAGUUCUGAUGCAACACCUGUUCCUUUCAGAGUGGCAUGAGCUCUGCUCCCUCACUAAUGUGUGUCAAGACCUGAGCUCUGCCACACACUUUCAGGAUGUAAAGGAAUCAGUCUCCAACUUGGGCAGGAGAUUGCUUCUUCGUGGUCAGCAUUAAUAUUCUAAAGAUUCUGCCAAACUGAGCCACUUAGGUAAGCCUCCACUCCAGGAUGUCUGAAAGAUACAGCCGGCCCUGUACGCCUCCUGGUGCUCCCCCAGGACCCCGUAAGGCCUCUGUCCGUGGCCCCUCAGCCUCAGCCUCCACGUCCUCCUCCUCCUCCAAGCCCAAGAGUUACGAUGAUACUUACGAUAAAUACGAUAAAGAGUAUAAGACAUCUUACCAGCCCAAGCCUUACUCGGAUGACAAAUAUAAAGGAAAUGACGUGAGAAAGAUUAAUGAUAAGGUGCCAAAUAAGCUAAUUAGCAAAAAUGACAUAUAUGGUGAUAUUUACAAAUCUAGAGAUGUAAGUUACUCUAGUGAAAGAUAUGGAGAGAAAUCUCUAUACACCCAGAGAUAUUCAGAAAAAGGACGUUACCCAGAAAAGUGUCGAAUAGAAACCAGUAGUCAGCAGUAUAGUAGCAAAUGUAGAAGUAGCAAAUUCACAAAUGAUUAUGAUAGCUAUCCGGAGAAAACAAGUAGAUAUCCCAAGCAUGAGAGUGAUGCGUACUAUGGUGGGUCGGGGAGUUCAUAUGACAAUUAUAACUCAUAUGACAGCUAUGGGGGUGAUAGGCACAGAGCUGGUGGUUAUGGUGCAGAGAAGUCUUUGGGUGCUGGAAGUUACAGUGGGGAUAAGUAUGGAGGAAGAGGAAGCCUAACAAGCUACGGGACGGACAAACUGGGCAUCGGAUACGGAGGGGACAAGCACAGCAGAGGUGACAGUAGUUAUGGUGGGGACAAGCACAGAGGUGGUGGGAGUUACGCAAGUGACAAGGCUGCUGGCGGGAGCAGCCUGUCCUAUGACCAUAAAAUAGGUGGAGGAACAAGAAGCAGACUCUAUCCAGAAGAGGAUCGGCAGCUGUAUCGAGACUACAGCCCCAUUAGGACCUUAAGGUCACCUCUCAGUGGUGGUGUCGGAGGAAGCUAUGAUGGUUACGACAGGUACUCUCCACCACCAAGGUCUCCAGAUAGACAGUAUCUCGAUAGGUAUGUUAUUGGGGAUAGUGUGGUGUAUGGUCCCCCAGGUCAGUACCCUCGAAACCUAGGUCAAGUGUCUCCUCACGGUCGACCACCCACACCCCCAUCCCCGCAGCCCGUUUCAUCAAGAGAGUACUCAAGAUACUCAACAACUAGCCCUCGAAGGUAUUGGUCAGGUGGAAGACGGAGCCCUCCAUUGCCGUCAACAGGCCAGAGCCGCUACCGAUCCCUGUCGCCACUUCCCAGCACAACCCCUCCGCGACGGCCGCCAUCACCGCCUGCAAGGAGACCACCCUCACCCAUAGUCCUUAUCUUUCCACACAUUGUAGGAGCAGAGAAAGAAGCUAUGACCGCUCAAAAGACAGAUAUGAGAGUAAAGGAAGAAUUUCAAGUACAGCGAGAAGUCCCGUUAGAGAGAGCAGACCAUUGUCUGAUAGAAGAGGAAGUGAAAGAAGCAGAGCAGGCGAAAGAGAGAGGAGAAAAGAACCAGAAAGAAGGGUUAGCUCAAGAGAGAGAACCCAUGACUCGGAUUCUGUGAAGCGAGGGAGAGCUGUGGAAAGGAACUCCGACUGUAGAAGCAGCAGCGAUGUUAGGAGUUGGACAAAGGAUAACAAUCACUCAGGAAGUAGUCAAAAUCAAGAGAAAGACAGAGGUCGCAGUGAUAGACGGUCACGCACUCCUCCAAG